UUAACAUACCUCCAUUUCCACAUUCGCAGAUUAUGAGCAUGGCUGCAGGGAUGAGAGUUACAAAAUCAGUCCCUGUGGUUUCAUAUAUAUCUUUUCUAGCUCUAUAUUUUUCUUUCUACACAAUAACACCAAUUUCCUCAAACUCCAUACAAGAUGAUUUCAUCAAAUGUCUCCACAGAAACACACAUGUUGACUUUCCACUCGAGAAAACGUUCUUCACUCCUGAAAGAAACGCCUCGAUCUUUGUCGAAAUUCUUGAAUCGACGGCUCAAAAUCAACGGUUCUUGACAAAGUCACUACCUAAACCGAUUCUCAUAUUUAAACCAGUUCACGUAUCUCACGUCCAAGCUUCCAUCAUAUGUUCCAAGAAACUCGGUAUGGGUCUCCGCGUUAGAAGCGGCGGUCACGAUUUCGAAGGCAUGUCUUACGUUUCACAGAUGGAAACAUCAUUUGUAUUGCUCGAUUUGUCGAAAAUGAGACAGAUCAAAGUUGAUAUUGAAGACAACAGUGCUUGGGUUCAAGCUGGUGCUACACUUGGUGAACUUUACUACAGAAUUGCAAAGAAGAGCAAUCGCCAUGGAUUCCCUGCGGGUUUGUGUUCAACCGUAGGCAUAGGUGGAUAUAUAACAGGCGGUGGAUACGGUUCCUUGGUGAGGAAGUAUGGUCUUUCUGCAGAUAAUGUUCUUGACGCAAAGAUUGUCGAUGCGAAUGGUAAAUUACUCGACAGAUCCUCAAUGGGUGAGAAUUUGUUUUGGGCGAUUAGAGGAGGCGGUGGAGCGAGUUUCGGGGUAAUUCUUGCAUGGAAGAUCAAGCUUGUUCCUGUUCCUGAAACCGUAACCGUCUUCACCGUCACUAAAACGAGAGAACAAGAUGCUGACUUCAAGAUUCUUUCGAAGUGGCAACAUGUUGUGGACAAGCUUGUUGAAGAGCUCUUCAUACGAGUGGCAAUCAGACCCAUUGGAAACGGUGGAAACAAGACUGUGAUGACAUCGUACAGAGGUCUGUUUCUUGGCGGACAAGGCACUUUGAUGAAGGUUAUGAACAAGGGUUUUCCAGAACUAAGGCUCACUCGGAAGGAUUGUACCGAGAUGAGCUGGAUCGAAUCCACUGUUUACAAUGCUGAAUUUCCGGCGAACACUCCUAUUGAAGUUUUGAUUCAAGUGAAAUCACCUUUCGGAAAACUUUCUUUCAAAUCAAAGUCUGAUUUCGUGAAAGAACCUAUUCCUGUUUCAGGGUUAAAAAGAAUUUUCAAGAAAAUGAUGCAAGAAGACUCUCCUGCUUCAUUUCUUGGUUGGACUCCUUACGGUGGAAAGAUGGCUAAAAUCUCUGAAUCUGAGAUCCCUUUCCCGCAUAGAAACGACACCAUCUUCAUUAUUCUUUAUAAUACAGACACCGAGACGGAACCUAGUAAACACAUUAACUGGCUCAGAGAUCUGUACAGUUUCAUGACGCCUUAUGUUUCAAGCAAUCCAAGACAGUCAUAUGUGAACUAUAGAGAUUUAGACCUGGGAAAGAACGAGGAAAAUUCAAAGGUUAACUUCAAAAAAGCUCAAGUCUGGGGAACUAAGUACUUUAAAGACAAUUUCGAAAGGUUGGUGAUGGUUAAAUCAAAGGUUGAUCCAGAGAACUUCUUCAGACACGAACAGAGCAUUCCAAUUCUGCAUGUUCAAAGCUAGGAUCAUGAUUCAUGAUAUAACCACUACUAUGUAAGAAUAAAGGUAUUUUGCACCCAGCCUAAAAGCAUGUGAUAAACGAGAAAUUCGAACAUUGGUUCUUCAGUAAUUCAGAAAAUGUUGUAGCUAAUCAUAUAUAGGCAUGUCUGUGUUACUUAAGUUUUUUUUCCAUUUCCUUUUUUUCAUAAUGUGGUACUUUGUUUCACCUCAAAUUCGAAUAAUUGCUUCUUAUUAAUUUAAGUGGUUCUUAAUACCAUAGCUUCGUAUA